GACGAGCGAAGAAGAAUAACGUAAGGACGUGCAUCACAAAGCACACACGCAAUUGUACCGAAACCAAACCCGGACGUGUUCCCGUUUCAUUAACCGGAUUUCAUAAUCGCCGAUACGUCCGGGACUUUUAAUGGUUUCAGGAUCGGUACUUCCGCUUUCUUCCUUUCGGCGAAAAUAGAGAAAGGAAAAAAAGCUUUAGCAGCGAAACCACCACAACCAACAAAACACGAGAGAAGUCGGCGUUUAGAACUCUGCAAACCCUAACCAAUUCAUCUCUUUUAUUCUUUCAAUUCGACGCGGAAGUGUUUGUAUUGGUUAUGCUUCUUGUGGUGCUUGGGCGUUUGGUGAUUUUAUGGUCAUGAUUUUGUUUCUCUUUGGGAAUUAGUGUGAUGAUUUUUGUUGGAACAUUUCUGAAUAGAUCGAUCGCAGUUUUGAGAUUGUGCAUGGGCCGAUUGGGCUUGUUUGGUUGGCUAAUUGAGUAAUCGAUGGUUUAAAGUAUUGAUUUGGGUAUUGAAUUUGGGCUUCAAGUGUAUAGAGGUCAAAAGAUGGAUUUGGUAGCUAGUUGUAAGGACAAAUUGGCAUAUUUUCGGAUAAAAGAGCUCAAGGAUGUCUUGACACAGUUAGGUCUUUCAAAGCAAGGGAAGAAGCAGGACCUUGUUGACCGAAUAAUAGCCAUUCUCUCGGAUGAGCAAGUUCCAAAGACAUCAGCAAAGAAAAGUGCUGUGGGAAAGGAAGAGGUGGCAAAACUGGUCGAUGACAUUUACAGAAAAAUGCAGGUUUCUGGGGCCACUGAUUUAGCAUCAAAGGGACAGGGUGUAUUGGACAGCGGCAAGGCAAUAAUUAAAGGAGACAUGGAUGAUUCCUUUCAGUUGGAUACAAAAGUUCGCUGUCCAUGUGGAAGUUCACUGGAGACAGAGUCUAUGAUUAAGUGUGAGGAUGCCAGAUGUCGUGUGUGGCAACACAUUGGCUGUGUUAUAAUUCCUGAAAAACACAUGGAGGGCAAUCCACAAGUUCCUGACUUGUUUUACUGCGAGAUUUGUCGACUUAGCCGUGCUGACCCUUUUCUGGUUGCUGUUGAACAUCCUCUUUAUCCUGCGCAGUUGGCUACUACAAAUAUUCCAACUGAUGGUUCAAGCCCAGUGCAGAGUGUAGAGAAAACAUUUCAUCUUGCAAGGGCGUACAAGGACUUAUUGACAAAACAAGAAUAUGAUAUUCAGGCUUGGUGUAUGCUUUUGAAUGACAAGGUUCCAUUUAGGAUGCAGUGGCCACAAUAUGCAGAUCUACAGGUCAAUGGUGUGCCAGUUCGAGCUAUUAACAGACCUGGUUCACAAUUAUUGGGGGCUAAUGGUCGUGAUGAUGGUCCAAUUAUCACGCCAUGUAUAAAAGAUGGGAUCAAUAAGAUAUCAUUAACUGGAUGUGACGCUCGUGUCUUCUGUUUAGGAGUUAGAAUUGUGAAGCGACGAACCGUUCAACAGAUACUCAACUUGAUUCCAAAAGAGUUCGAUGGUGAGCAUUUUGAAGAUGCACUUGCUCGAGUUUGUCGUUGUGUUGGUGGUGGAGCGGCAGACAAUGCUGAUAGUGACAGUGACCUGGAAGUUGUUGCAGAAUCUUUUACUGUUAGUCUCCGCUGUCCAAUGAGUGGUUCAAGAAUGAAGGUUGCUGGAAGAUUUAAACCUUGUGUUCACAUGGGUUGUUUUGAUCUUGAAGUUUUUGUGGAAAUGAACCAGCGUUCUAGGAAGUGGCAGUGCCCUAUUUGUCUCAAGAACUACUCAUUGGAGAACGUAAUCAUUGAUCCCUAUUUCAAUCGCGUCACUUCUAAGAUGCGGCAUUGUGGUGAAGAUAUAACAGAGAUUGAGGUGAAACCAGAUGGUUCUUGGCGUGUAAAAACCAAAACUGAAGCUGAGCGAAGGGAUGUUGGUGAACUUGCACAGUGGCACUAUCCUGAUGGUUCUCCAUGUGUACCUAAUGGGGGAGAGCUCAAAGCAAAAAUGGAAAUGGAUAAACAGAUCAAGCAGGAAGGUACUUCAGAAGGUUAUAAUGGUACUGGUUUGAAACUUGGAAUCAGGAAGAACUGCAAUGGCUUUUGGGAAGUUAGCAGACCUGGGGAUGUAAAUACCUCUUCUUCUGGUAAUAGAUCGCAAGAAAAGUUCAGAAACCAGGAACAGAAAGUUAUUCCAAUGAGCAGUAGUGCCACUGGCAGUGGUCAGGAGGGUGAAGAUCCAAGUGUAAAUCAGGAUGGUGGUGGAAAUUUUGAUUUUACAAACAAUGGUAUAGAACUUGAUUCAUUUCCUCUAAAUGUGGAUUCAGCAUAUGGAUUUGCUGACCGUACCUUUUCUGCACCAGUAGGGGAUGCUGAAGUUAUUGUUCUUAGUGAUUCUGAUGAUGAUAAUAAUAUUUUGAUGACAUCUGGAGUUGUCUAUAAGAACAAUCAAACUGAUGAUGGUGGGGCUGCUUUUCCAAUGCCUCCUCCUGGAACCUUUCCUGAAGAUCCUACAAUUGGGAAUGGUUUGGGCUUUCUGAAUCCUAAUGAUGAUGAAUUUGGGAUGCCUCUCUGGCCUCCUGGAAGUCAAGCCGGCCUCCAAUUAUUUAAUUCAGAUGAUCCAAAUGCCUUAGUUGAUUUGCAGCCUGGUCCUAUCAACUGUCCCAUGUCAAUGAAUGGUUAUACAUUGGCUCCAGAUACUGUCAUGGGACCUGCUAGUUUAGUGCCAGAUUCUUCUGUUGGCAGAUCUGACACUGACAUAAAUGAUGGCUUGGUUGAUAACCCCUUAGCAUUUGGUGGCGAAGAUCCCUCUCUUCAAAUUUUUCUUCCAACUAGGCCUUCAGAUGCAUCAGGGCAGCCUGAUUUGAGGGAUCAAGCUGAUGUGUCAAAUGGUGUCCGAACAGAGGAUUGGAUUUCUCUAAGACUUGGUGGUGGUGGUGGUGCCACUGGCAGUCAUGGCGACUUAGUUCCUGCAAAUGGACUAAAUUCGAGACAGCAGAUGCCACCGAGAGAAGGUGCAAUGGAGUCUUUGGCUGACACUGCUUCUUUGCUUCUUGGUAUGAAUGAUGGUAGACCUGAGAAGGCAAGUCGGCAAAGAUCUGAUAGCCCUUUCACGUUUCCUCGCCAAAAACGUUCUGUUAGACCACGGUUGUAUCUUUCUAUUGACUCAGACUCGGAGUAACGAAGUGGAGUUUAUUUUGCUGAGAUUACUGUUGCUUUCAUUAAAAUUUCUUGGAGAUCAGCAUUUCCUGGGAUGAUAUGGUGAUUAAAAAGCAUAUCGACAUUUGGUUCCUAUGAUAUGGAAGUCUUGGAUGAGGCAUGAAGCAUAUACAUCGGGAACAAUGUCAUCAGGAAAACUGUCCUCUUAAAGUUGUGUUGGCAGCUGAAGAUUUUUUUUACAAUUGGUGAGCUGUAGGCCUCAUAAACCCUUCUCAAUUUUGUGCGGUAUGACCUGGUUUCUGAUGUUCUUUGUUCUAUCAGGGGUUAUUACAAGCACUCUCUUUCUCCCAUCUUGACAAAGAUCUAUGUCUGGUGCUGGUAAAUUGUACAGUAGAUAGUCAAUUGAAUCUGAAAAUUGGAUUAACCCAUUGGUUUGUUGCAAACCUUUGGAUGUAAUGGGGAAGUCCUUAGUUUAUAACACAAGUAUCCCCCUUUUUUUUGGGUCUCUGUUUAAUGACGAGAGCAAAGAGCUUGUAUAUGUCUCAGAUUCAGUUAUUAUGGAAAGAAUAAGGUAUUUUGGUCUUA